UUUUAUUUUUGGGGUUUAUCCAGAGGAAAGACGGUUCUUUUUAAACCGUAGAUCGACGCAUCAGUCAGUGGAAUCCAUUUAAAGGAUUUUAGUUUAUUUUUAAAAAAAUAUUUAUGUUCAAACCUUGAACUUCCCGAAAACCUCGGCAGGAAGAAAACCUCUUGUACUUGUCGUGUUGGUUUACAGUUCCCAUGGUGGUUUCCUGCCUUGCAACUCCUGAAAGCUUCUGACUGGUUCUGUCAUGGAUCUGUGUUGAAUUUUCCGGGAUUAGAGUAGGGAUAUUCAAUGGAGCCUCCUAAGGGAAUUCUGGCUUCUUUAUGGCAUUUUAUACGUUUUCUUCCUUAUUUCACUGGGUUACUGUUUCUGGGUGUCAUUAAAGGUAUCAUUUUCUGCCCGCUGAUAUGCCUCAUUGUGACUGUUGGCAACUCUUUGAUCAUACUGGGUCUUUUGCCGGCACAUACCAUUUGGACUUUUUAUUGCCUGCUGAGUGCUAAACAAUUAGGACCAAUCUUGAAGUUUUUCCUGUCUUUAUGUCUUCCUGUUGGUGUCAUCAUCUGGCCAGUGGUUGGUAUCAUUGGAAGUGUUCUUGGAAGUGCUUUGUAUGGAUUUCUUUCGCCGAUAUUUUCCACCUUUGACGCUGUUGGCGAGGGGAAACCUGACCAGCUUUUCCAUUGCUUUUACGAUGGAACUUGGAGCACCAUCAAUGGCAGCUUUACUGUUGUUCGUGAUUUUAAAGACGUGUGCUUUCACUCAUACUUCUCGCUCAUGGAUGAACUUAGACAAUAUCGCCCUGACCGGGAAUAUUACGAGAUAAGGUUAUUUCAACUUCCUGGAGCUUUCAUAUCCGGAGUUCUCGGGAUAAUUGUCGAUUUCCCAAUAAUUACGCUCAUAGCCUUGUGCAAAAGCCCUUACAUGUUGUUUAAGGGUUGGAGCCGUCUAUUUCACGAUCUCAUUGGACGUGAAGGCCCGUUCUUGGAGACGAUAUGUGUCCCCAUUGCCGGCCUCGUGAUCUUACUAUGGCCCCUUGCAGUUGUAGGAUCGGUUUUGGGAUCGAUGGUUUCUAGCUUCUUCCUUGGCUCUUACGCUGGUUUUGUCUCGUAUCAGGAGUCAUCUUUCUUCUACGGGCUCUGCUAUAUCGUUGCUUCUUUGUCUAUUUACGAUGAGUACAGCAACGAUGUUCUUGAUAUGUCUGAAGGAUCUUGUUUUCCGAGGCCAAAGUACCGGAAACAUGAAGAGGGCUCGGUGGCAUUUUCUCGUGGGAGUUCGUUUUCGAGGCCGGGAUCAUUCAAAACCGCGCCAUCGAGAACAGGGUCGAUCAGAGGGCCAAUGAUUGACCUGAAGCCACUUGAUAUGCUCGAAGAUCUUUUCCGGGAAUGUAGGAAGUACGGGGAAGAGCUUGUGGCGAAGGGGCUGAUAAACUCGAAGGACAUCGAGGAAGCAAAAUCGAGCAAAGGCAGCCAAGUGAUCAGCGUCGGGUUACCGGCUUAUUCCCUUCUUCAAGGCCUUCUAUGCUCCAUCAAAGCCAACUCCACUGGCAUAUUACUGAAUGACGGUGCGACGGAGAUAACAAGCACGAACCGGCCUAAAGACGCGUUCUUUGAUUGGUUUUUCAACCCGUUUUUGAUCCUUAAGGACCAGAUCAAAGCUGCAAACCUCACCGACGAUGCAGAAGAGUAUCUCGGGAAGUUGGUUUUGUUGUACGGCGAUUCAGACAGGCUGAAAAGCUCGACUUUCGGUUCUGGUUCUCCUCCUCUGUCUGAUCUCAAAAGGGCAGAACUCGAUGCCUUUGCUCGCAGACUUCAAGGGCUCACGAAAUCGGUAUCAAGGUAUCCGACGUUUCGGCGCCUUUUCUCAGCUCUUGUCAAGACCUUGUCGGAUGAUCUGGACAAGAAACAUGGCGGCGGCGGAAACGGGUCUCGGACAGUUCCUCGAUCUGUUUCUCGGAUUUUCAGCUCGAAAUCGUUCAAGAGGAAAUCUCCGAGCAACAACGGUUCUGACAAAGAAUCGCAAAACGGCGUCAUAAAGGACGUGGAUAUCGUGUAAAGACAGCGUUCUGAUCUCGUCGUUGUUUCGUUCGAGCUCGACACGAAGGUGCGUUCGGACAUCGAGGAAAGCUUCGAGAUUUCAUCUAAAACAGAAAACUUCUGUACAGUCUCUCUUGUCUGGAUGAUUGAGAUCAAUUCUUGAUUUCUGGUGAAAUUAUACAGACAGAUCCAUGUUUACAUCGUUUUUGUUCUUCUUCUUCUUCACGCUUUUCAAUUACAGAACACACUUCAACAUGUUCUUCAGAAACAGCAGAACCACUUCUUCUGCAAUGGAAGAAACAGAAACAGUGUUUUAAGCUU